AUGGCCGUUUCUGCCUUGACUGGAAAAUCCGUCAAAUCUAUUAACCCUAGUGCGGUUUUGGAGCAUGUUGUUUUCUGUAAAAAUAGACCAUCUUUAGAUAAUUUUUCUAUUAUCUCCUCCGCAUCUAAUAAUUUUGAUUUGGAAUUGAAGGAAAGCUUGUUAAUCCUGUUGAAUUUGUCAAUUUUUCAAAAGGUCAUGAUAUUGAGAGUUGUGACUAUAGCGUUACUGUUCCUGAUUAGACUUAGAUUUCCAGGUGGUAAGUCCAUCAAUGAGGUUUUACGCGACCGUUACGGCAAUUUGAAAGUACAGCUGUGUAGAAAAUUUGAAAAAGUUGAUUAUAAACUCCGGAAAGCAAAGCUCGACCUUGAAUUUCUCGAAACAUGUUCUCAUCAUGGCUUAACUCCAAGAUUUUUGCAGUUUAAGUUGAGUAAUAAAGACUUACGAUCCUCCGAUGCUUAUAGACAAUGUCAAAACAGAUUAUUGAAUGAAGAAAUCUACAUUAAAAAGUCAACGAUACGGACGCUCGAAAAUCAGUUUAAUGUCCAUCGAAACUCGCUCAGAGCAUCUUUAUCAUAUUUGGAUUUCACUCACAUUACCUGCCUUUUCCUCGCUCGAAAUGACAGAAUCCUUGCUGCUAACGACGAAACCCAAAAGAAAAAACUGUUCAACCUUGGUUUGCAGUCUGUGCCAACAAAACAUGAUCCAGAUCGCGUAAUCCACAACUUUUCGUCACACAUUCUGUCCGAAGCUGAUAAAUCGUUGCUGGCCAGAGGUCUGAAUUAUGCAAUACCACCUUCAAAAGUCGAGUAUGCUGAUUAUAUGGUUUCCUUCGAAAAGCUCUAUCGUAAUGUUAAAAGUAUGGAAAUGUCGUCCGAAACAAGAGAUCUUUUAAAAUCGCGGAUGAAAGAUUGUGCUAUUUCAUCUUUUGAAAGUUACAAUUCCUCGAAGAAACCCAAAAACCUGAGCGAUGAAGAACUUGAAGCUCUGUUUUCUGAUAUUUUGAAUGACACAGCGAAGUUUGCAAAAGUUAAAUGUGAUAAAGAGAAGGAACUGAAUUUUAUCAUCAAUCAAGAGAAAAAAGUUACAGCAGUUUUGAAAACUUUGCUUCACAACGGUUCCUUGGAAAGAAGAUUACAUGAAAAACUUAAACCAACUGGGUCAAAGCUAGGAAUAUUAUAUGGUUUAUGUAAAAUUCACAAAUCUAUUGUUAACGGAAGUCCACCUUUUAGGCCCAUUUUAUCGGCUAUCGAUACACCCACCUACAAUUUGGCUAAGUUUCUUGUACCACUUUUGGCACCCUUAACAGUUAAUGAGUAUACUGUUUUCAACUCUUUUUCCUUUGCUGAAGAAAUUAGUAAACAGGACAGUAGUUUGUUUAUGGCUAGCCUAGAUGUUGAUUCUUUAUUUACAAAUAUUCCUUUGCAAGAAACUAUAGAUAUUUGUACUGAUUCUUUAUUUUCAGAGACUGACCCAGUCAGUAAUUUUUGCAAAAGUGAUUUUCGUAAACUCCUCUCUCUGGCCACAGAAAAUUCUUAUUUCACGUUUGACGGUCAACUAUUCAAGCAAGUCGAUGGGGAAAGCUUGCUGUUGAAUAAAUCAAAUGGACCCACAGAUCAUAAUUACAUAGGAUACUCAAAGUUGUUGUUAAAUUUGUCAACAAAUCCUGUUCUACCGCAGCUUUGGAGGCUGAUGUUAUGGGGACGCAAUCGGGACAUGCCAACAUUGUGA